AUGGAGGUCUUAUUACGUCCUAUUGGUAACAUGACCGUAGACUUGCUUCAAAAACUUGGUCCGACUCAAUCAUCAUUAUCAAAAAUCCCUGCAGUGCCAGCGACAACAAAAAUUCCUGAAGUGAUAACCAGAAAUUCAUCGCUCCACAAUGCUACGGACAGUUUUCAAGAUUGGGAAGAUGUAAUCCAACAAGGACACAGAAUGGAAGGCGUGAUCGGAAAGAAACUCGAGCAAAUUCCCAAUGAUUUCGUCAAUUAUGAGAAU